GAAGACGACGACGCCGAGGAGGCAGAGAAGACGGAGCGAGACAAAUUUGCGGGUGGGAGCGGCAGCAGCAGCAGCAGCAGCAGAAGCAGAAGCAGCAGAGAUUGUAGCAGCCAUAACGUAACGGCCGUAACGUAACAUAACGUCACGCACACAGAAUCAAGUAGAGGAUAGUUUCUCGUUCUACUGCAUCUUUUUGUUUUGUUUUUAAUUUAGCCCAAUAUAGACGUUAACAUAAUUAACCCAACGCUGCCACUGUUCCUAAGACGACAAAGAAACAAACAAACAAACAACCAAUCUAUCAUCGUCAUCGUAAUUGUAACGCAAACCCUUAAGUUAAACAAAAAGAAACGUAACGUAACGUAACGCGUAACUCCUCAACACUGCUCCUUUGCCAACUUUAUUGAUCAUCAUCAUCAUCAUAGUUAUCAUCAGCAUCCACAUCAGCAUCAGCAUCAAUAUAUUCAUUAUGCAUAUAUAGCCCAUGAUAUAUGAACGCUCAUGCUCAUCAUACAACAACAACACUGCAAGCAACUCAAAUAAUUUGAUCAGCAAUAUAUACAAUAUACAUACAUCUAUAACAAUAACAUCUAUAACAAUUGGACGACCAAUUGCGAAGCAUAAAACAACAACGUGACGUUGUUUUGGUGUUUCGAAUCCCAUUGACCUUUUGCCGCACAGCUGGCAAGGGAAAAAUAUGGCAACACCCCAAGUCAAAGACUUGGUGUUGCGCUCGCCAGCUGGCUCCUCCGAAACCAUCACCUUUGCCUGGCCACUGCAGGUGGGACAUGGACAGGAUAAGCACGACAAUGGCAUCGACAUUAUCGAUACAAUUAAAUUCGUAUGUGAUGAGCUGCCAUCCAUUUCAUCCGCAUUCGAGGAGAUCAACCUCAAUCACAUUGACACUGCCUGCUAUAAGACUAUGACAAAUCUUGUCGAUCGCUUCAACAAAGCUGUCGACAGUAUUGUUGCAUUGGAAAAAGGAACUUCACUGCCCGCCGAGCGUUUGAAUAAAUUCGCUCAUCCUAGCCUUUUAAGACACAUACUGCAAUUAGUUUACAAUGCUGCCGUGCUCGAUCCGGACAAGCUUAAUCAGUACGAGCCCUUCUCGCCGGAGGUCUAUGGCGAGACAUCGUACGAGCUGGUACAGCAAAUGCUCAAGCAUGUCACCGUUAGCAAGGAGGACACGUUCAUUGAUCUCGGUUCCGGUGUGGGACAGGUGGUACUACAAAUGGCCGGAUCGUUUCCGCUUAAAACAUGCAUUGGUAUCGAGAAGGCCGAUACGCCCGCUCGCUAUGCCGAACGCAUGGAUCAGAUAUUUCGCCAGUAUAUGGGCUGGUUUGGCAAACGCUACUGCGAGUACAAACUGAUCAAGGGCGAUUUUCUGGUCGACGAGCAUCGAGAGAAAAUCACCUCCUCCACUUUGGUGUUUGUCAACAACUUUGCCUUCGGUCCGACCGUGGAUCAUCAGCUGAAGGAGCGAUUUGCCGAUUUGCGAGAUGGCGCACGAGUUGUUUCAUCCAAAUCAUUCUGCCCGCUCAACUUUCGGAUCACAGAUCGAAACCUUUCUGAUAUUGGCACCAUUAUGCAUGUGAGCGAAAUACCGCCACUGAAGGGCUCCGUCUCGUGGACCUGCAAGCCGGUUUCAUAUUAUUUACAUGUGAUCGAUCGCACCAUUUUGGAGCGCUAUUUUCAGCGCCUGAAAACCAAGGGCGGUGAUCACGAGCAUGUGGGCACCGUUCGCACCACACGAGAUCGCGCCAAACGUGAGGCUAACACUGGCCAGCACAACAACAACCACAAUAACAACAACCAGCACAACAACAAUAGCCAGCAGCGGGAGCAGCGGGAACAGCAGCGCGAGCGGGAAAGGGAGAUGUUCAACGGUCCAGCUCAGCAGCGGCAUCAGUCGCAGUCGCCGGCGAAUGUCAGCGGCUCCAACGGCAACGGCAACGGCAACGGCAGUGGACAGGCCGCCUCCAAGACGCGCCAACAGCUAGCAAGUGCACAGCAGCAACAGCAGCAACAACAACAGCAACAGCAACAAAGUCAGCAGCAACAGAUGCAGCAGCAGCAGCAGCAACAGUUGCAGCAACGAAAUCUGAAUAUGGACAGCAGCACGGAAAGCGAUGCGGAUGGGGAGGUGAACAAUGGAAAUAGCGGAAAUACCACCACAGCGACCAACACCACUUCCGCCUCGAACGGGCCAAUGACGCGCAAAGUGUGGUCGGAUUGGUGCAGCUCCAAGGGCAAGAGCUCCCAGUCAGAUGACGAGGAAAACAAUAAUAGCAACAACAGCAACAGCAACAGCAAUAGCAACAGCCACCAGGCACGUGCACCACGCGCCGUCACCACGCUGAAGAAGCGCAAGAAGCUAACGCGCAAGGCGGCCAUUGCCAGCAAAUCGGCAGCGGCUGCGCAGCGGGAGGCUGAGGAGGCAGCCGCAGUCGCUGCUGUUGCUGCAUCCGCGACGUCCGCUUCGGCCAGCAAGGACUCCAGCAGCAAGGAGGAUCAGCCGCGUGCGGCCAGUGCCGGGCCCGGGCGCAAGGGCCGCAUGAAGAAGGGACAACGCGGUCGCAAGUGCUUGAAGAUCGCCGGCCUGGAUGUGCUGCACAAGCAGACGGUGCUGAGCACCUCGUUGGAUGCGAUGACAAAGAAGCUGCCCGCCGCACCGGGCACAGUCGAUCAGCAGCUGACGUCGCUGCUCACUGGCGACAUGUCGCAUCGGGAACUGGACAUUCCUGCGGCGCCGCAGGAUACGCCAUACGCGCUGCAGAUUCUGCUGGAUGUGUUCCGCUCUCAGUAUAUGGCGAUCAUUGAGCAGAUGCGCUCGAGCACAUACAUGCCGCAGGUGCAGAAGCAAAUUGCCCAGGAGCAGGAGCGGAUGUCGCGCUUGAAGAAUCGAGCCAGCCAGCUGGACAAGCAGAUCAAGGUGCUGAUCGAUGACAGCGUGACGCUGCUCAAGGUGCGCAUGAACGAGCUGGGCAUUAACGUGAACUCGCCCAACGAUCUGAUUGCGCAGGCCAAGGAGAUUGUCGGACGGCACAAGGAUCUGCAGCAUGCGGUCAGCAAGAUGCGCAACGAGGUCACCGUCUACGAGAGCGAACAGAAAUUGCUGCUGAGCAAGCAUCUGAAGCAUCUGCCCGAGUAUCAGAAACUGUGCACCGUUACCACCAAUGGCGGCAACAGCAAGAUCAAGCUCGAAGUGCCCCAGGAGCUGUCCGAAACGGCGGCCCAGGAACUGGUGCUGAAGGAAAUAGCCAACACGCUGAGCCAGCGCAAGAAGCUCGUUGCCCAGGUCUCCACCAUCGAACAGGAGACCAGCUCGCUGCAAAAGUCAGCCGAGGAGCGCAGCACAGCGGCGGCUCUGCUGGCCCAGGGCACCAACAUCAGCCUGGCCAGUGGCGCCCCCACCGUGCCAACAAAUGCUGCAGCGCCGGUGGCGCAAACCAAUUGCAGCAAGGUGGCAAGCGGGAAGGCGUCACGUCGCAGCCGCGAGCAUCGUGCACGGUCGCAGGAGUGGCCCGAGGUGCCGGAGGUGGGUAAGAUACAGGAGAGCAAUCCCGAGGUGCUGGCCCAAAAGAUACUCGAGACCUGUCGCCAGGUGGAGGCGGGCAAAUUCCAGCCGCCGCCAGCUGCGGUCAGCGCCAGCAGUACCAGCAGCGCCGCCAACCCCAUCAGCUAUGUGAAUGGCAAGCCCAAAGCGGAGCCGAAGACCUCGCCUGCCCUGUACAAGGACAGCACGCUGAUGCCGGCGCCCAAGCAGCAGUCCCAGGCGCCACAGCAGGCGCAGCAGCAAGCCGUGCUGUUGCCCAAGUGCGAGCUGCCCGGACUGGGUCGCAAGCAGGAGUCGCCGAAGGUGGCCAACUUCGAGGACAGGCUGAAGAGCAUCAUCACAUCAGCGCUCAACGAGGAUCAGGAGCAGCGCAGCAAGGCGAUGCCCAUCAUAGAGGCACCGCCCGCUCCGCUGCAGUCGCCCGCAUCGAAGCGCAGCAAGCAAAUGGGCCAAGCAUCCAGCGCCAACAAUUUGCACAACAUCAUCACCGUCUCGACGCAGGGUCUGAUGCACUUGAAUGCGAACACGACGAUAUCGCCGAUAACACCGCCGUUGCCGGGACCGCGGGCAGCAGCUGCUGCGUCCACGGCGCCGCCGCCGCCUGCCAACUUGCCCUAUGGCAGCGCCUACAUGAGCAGCAAGCAGCAGCAGCAACAUCACCAGCAGCAACAGCAACAGCACCAACAGCAGCAGCAGCAAUUGCAGCAGAUGUCGAGCAAGUAUGGGCAAACGGUUCUGCUCAAGGAGUCCAAGUACUCGCCGGCAAGGCCAGGUGCGGCUGCUCCGCCGCCGCCACCACCACCGCCACCGUCGUCGUCAGCGGCGUCGUCGGCGCACAUGGCCACGCUCUACGCUAGCCACGGCGUCUCGACAGCGGCGCCGCCCACGUCCGCAGAUCUGGGCUUCCAUCGACGACGUGCCUCGGUUAGCGCCAACAGCUACGAGCACUUUAUGGCGCAGCAGCAGCAGCAACAGCAACAUCAACUCGCACAUCAUGCCCAACUGGGACACUUACAUCAUCACCAUCAGGGAGCGGGCACCUCAGCAGAGUUCAAGGCGCCAGCCGAGAAUCUGCUGCAGCGUUCAGGCAGUCGUGAGCAACUGGCAGAGCAGCACCAGCAGCAACAGCAACAACAGCUGCAGCAGCAACACCAACAACACCAACAGUCGCAGCAGCACAGCCUGGAGCUAUUGCCCCGAGCGAGUUCGGCCAACUCGGACUAUGCUGGCUACCGUGUGGAACGGCUGACCGUGCGACCACCGAGUCGACCCAGCUCCAACAGCUCGCAGCCGGACUACACGCAGGUGUCGCCAGCGAAGAUGGCGCUGCGUCGGCACCUCUCGCAGGAGAAACUCAACCAGCCGCCGCAGGCGUUGCCCACACCACCGCCCAUGGCACUGGCGCCUCCAGUAACAUCGGGCAAGACCAUCGGGGAUCUGGUCACUGGCGAAAUCGAGCGCACACUGGAGAUCUCGCAUCAGAGCAUCAUCAAUGCGGCGGUCAACAUGAGCACGGGCAGCGGCAGCAGCAGCAGCGCUGCCCACUUCAUGGAGCGCGCGUUCCUUGCCGAGCGCACCAACGAGCGGCUGCUCAUCAAUCUGAAUGCCCAACGGCCGGAGCGCGUGCACGUUCGACCCCUCAACGACGAUGCGCCAGAGCCGCAGCCGACCAACUACAGCCAGGCGGCAGCCAGCGGCAGCAGCAACAACCUGGCCACCCUGGCGCACGUUGCCUACGCCCACAAGCCGCAGCCGGGAGCAAGGAGCGCCUCGACGGGACGCACGGGACGUGAUUAUCAGUCGGUAGCAUUGCCGCGAGCGGAAAUGAUGGGCUGUAUUGAGGCUUACUUUCACGAGGAGCAGCAGCAGCAGCAGCAACACCAGCAGCAGCAACAACAGCAUCAAAAGUCCAAAGGAACAGUGGGCGGUGCCAGCACGUUGCGCGCACCACGCCUAAACGGCGCUAAUCCGCCCUUAGAAGGACUAGCCGCCUCGCUGCAGGAUCAUGUGCGAGCACGCAAAUACAAGGAGGAGAACGAGGAGCGACAACGGCGAGCUGCUGCAGCAACUUCAUCCGCACUGGAAUUGGCGCCGCAUUUCGCGCAUCAGGCGCCGCCCGCCCAUAGCUAUCACCAUCAUCCAGCCGCUGGCGCUAUCAAUGGCACGCCACACAAAGUGGAGCUGGGCGUGAAGCGGAGCUCGCCCUUGGCCUCACAUCAGCAGCCCUCGCGACCUGCCAAAUUGGCGCAUUUCGAGCAGCAGCCGCCUGCCCAUGCCCAUCAGCAUCUGUAUGUGAAUAGCAACGGUGGGUCUGCGCUGCCGCCGCCGGCACAUGAUGCCACCACGCCGUCGCCGACGCCGUCGUCUUCAUCGUCGUCGUGUGGCAGACGCAGCAAGCUGCUUGUGGAGCCGCCGCUGUUGAUGAGUCCCGAGAUUAAUUCACUGAUGGGCGAUGAGCGGCCGCUGCAGCUAUCGACGAACCAUCAGCAGCUGCACCACCACCAGCAGAAGCCACAUCAGCAUGCCCAGCAGCACGUGCGUGCCUUGCAUCAGACCAGUCACAGCAUCACGCCCACCAUUGUGGGCGGCCAGCGAUCCAAUGCCGGUGAUGACGACGAUGUCAUUGCGGCCGACGAGGAAUCCCAUUGGCAGCAUCGCGUCAGCUCCGGCUUUGACCGGCUGGUGGCCUUUGCCAGCACCGAGCUGGACAAGACGCGCCGUUCCAUCGACGGCGACACGGUGCCCGCUUCGAUCAGUUGCAACACCUCGCCCGACUCGGGCAUCACGCACAGCAGCAGCAAUUCGGACGCAGUGCGCACCUUUUUGUCCACCUCCUCCAGCUCAUCGCAGCUGGAGUUGCCCAUCAAUAACAGCAGCAGCGGCAGCAGCAGCAGCACCAACAGCAGCCUCUACGCUAGCCAGGUGCACAAUCUGAGCCAUCAUCCGUAUCAGCAUGGCCACCAGCCGCUGCAGCAGCCAAUGCAACAGCAAUUGCAGCAACAACAGCAGCCGCAGCAACAGCAGCCACAGCAGCAACAUCAACACCAACAGCAGCAACACUUGGCAGACCACUUGAGCGACAGCAGCAUGAAGUCGACUGCAUCCUCAUCCUUGCAUGCAAGCAGCUCAUUGAAGACCAUUUCGCCGGUUGAUCCGAGCGCAAUCGAGUCGCCGCCACUCUCCGACGUGGGUCUGCCACGUACGCCCAGUCCGAGUGCGGCAAGCGUGGCCACGCCCCCACCUGUGCAUGCACCGUCGCUGGUCAACGAUCUGCGCAUACCGCUCAAAUACCAGCGCAAGUUCAAGGGCGGAUCCGAGAAGCACUACAAGAAGAAGUUCUGCGAGCGGAACUGGGAGUACGACUGCGACGAGCUGCUGGCCUACUCCAACUCCAGUGCGCCGCCCACGGCCGCCGAUGCGGCGGGCAAUGGGCCGCCAACUGCACUGGACGCGUCCGGCAUGGUGGCAGCAACGCCGCCAGCUGUGCUGAGCAAGUCGGGCAAAUCGCCAAAAGAGAAAUCAUCGCCCCAUCAUGGCGCCAAUGCAAAUGCCAAUGCCAAUGCCAAUGCUAAUGCAAAUGCCAGCUAUCAUCACCAUCACAAGUCCUCAAAGUUUCGGCCCAAGGGCAAGGACUGGGACUGGUCGCUCGACAGCCGCAGCAACACGGGCGAGCCGACGGCGAAUGCCACCACGUCGAGUAAUUAAUGUAAAUUAAUUUAGUUAAAUUGCUGAACAGAAUGACGAGUAUAGUACGA